CCCUGCACUUCCAUCCUAGCGUCGGCCUCGUGUUGUGAGACAGACCAUUCAGCUAAGUACUUAGCAACACUGUAUUAUUCACACUAGAAGUCUGGCUCAUCGACUAACUAGUGGCUCAUGUCUCAAGUCCACUUGACUAUCUACCAACGGACAAAAAUCCGUCCCCCAAACGUGCAGGUAAAGACCAUAUUCUCCAUCGAUGAUUGGUGCACCGUGCAUAUUGACAUUGCUGCUGGCUGGCCGCAUUGCAGCACGUAGACAGAGGCUUGACUCUGGACACGCCGUAAGCAAGGGAAACCCUCAUGCGCUGUACAAAGUGUGCAAAGCAGCAACAGAGAGCCGUGAGAAAAUCAGGCCAUGGACGGACUACUCUGCUCCACCAAUUCGCACAGCUGUAGAUGUUGAUCUGACAUCCUCGUCAGUGUCCUUCUGCAGGAGGGCAGCGUCGUCUUCAAUAAAAGAAGGCUGUGGCAGCCCGAGAACUCCCGAGAGGUUGCAGGCUCCCGCUCCGUUGUCAAGGUCACAUUCGGUGAGCCCAAAGCGGACAAGCCUGAACAGGAAGGAUCGGGAGAAAACGGACACCGGAAACAUUGGCAUCUCCGCUCGGUCAUGUGAUUCUGCGGAUUGCCAAAAGGCUGGCCCGAAACGAGAGACAAGUGAACCAGAGAGAGAGGAUGGGCGAAUUUCUUCGGCCUUUGUAGAUCGGCCGAGAAUUUUAACAAUCCGUCCCGGGGAGCUCACGCCUGAAGCCGUGAAGCCAGCCCUCCAAUCGGGCCACCCUCGUACCCAUGCGAACUGGGGGGAAAUGAAAUUGGCUGCCAGUCUGGCAUGGUGGGAUCCAUUGAUCUGUCAGCCAGUAGAAGGUGAACACAACACCGUCCAGGCAACUCGGACGAGGGAGGGGGGGGGGGUGCAUAAAACACCCCGUGAUUAUUCCGAAGGGGAAGAAGGAGGGGGGGAUAGGAAAAGCAUUACUAGUCCGAUAGCUGGUGAAAGGAUACGUUAUGUAAUCAGAGCCAUACCGGCUUGGUACCGCUCUCCUGCCCGGAGUCCCGGACAAGCCCAUGGGAAUCAUUUCACGGGGAGGGUGGGUUUUCCCCAGAAAAUUGACCUAGGUUUGGGUCAAUGGAAGGUUUGGAUGACCUCAAGAAAUGAGCUUGAGAAAUUCGACCGGGUCGAACCCACUGGCAUUCUUGGAAACGCAAGGUGCGUCUCGGGGCAGUGGCGGGCCCCGAAAUCGGCGGGGCAGGGGUACGGGAAAGCUACUAGGCAGUAA